AUCGAUAAGUUCUCAGCGUGUUGUUGCAGCGUCAUUCUGUUUGAAUGAAGUUCAGGCUGAGAACUAGCCAACUCUUCAUUCGCGCCCCGGUGGAUUGAAACAGGAAAAAACAAAGAGUUGAGGAAGUAAAAGGUUGCCAAACAUGCCGGUGUUUACAGUAAAUGUGAAAUGGGGCAAAGAGAAGUUUGAUGCAGUGGAGCUGAACACUGAGGAACCACCCAUGGUGUUCAAGGCUCAGCUCUUUGCACUGACAGGAGUUCAGCCAGACAGACAGAAGGUCAUGGUGAAAGGAGGUACUCUCAAGGAUGAUGAAUGGGGCGACAUUAAACUGAAAAAUGGAAUGACUCUGCUGAUGAUGGGCUCAGCAGAAGCCCUGCCUGAGGAGCCUGCUGUCCGGCCCAUGUUUGUGGAGGACAUGACUGAGGAGCAGCUGGCCUCAGCGAUGGAGCUGCCUUGUGGGCUGACAAACUUGGGCAACACCUGUUACAUGAAUGCCACAGUGCAGUGUCUGCGCUCUGUGCCAGAGCUCAAAACUGCACUCAGAAGGUAUUCAGGUGCUCUGCGAUCUUCAGGCGCGAAUGCACCAUCACAGUACAUCACAGCAGCCCUUCGUGACUUGUAUGAGACCAUGGACAAGACCUCAUCUAGCCUGCCACCCAUCAUUCUGCUGCAGUUUCUUCACAUGGCCUUCCCACAGUUUGCUGAGAAGGGGGACCAGGGACAGUACCUCCAGCAGGAUGCCAACGAGUGCUGGCUGCAGAUGAUGAGAGUGCUUCAGCAAAAGCUGGAGCCACUAGAGCCCGAGACUCCCAUGGAGAGUGAUUCUGAGAGUGGAGCUGCCCCUGCCACCACAAAGAAGAACUUAAUCGAUCAGUAUUUCGGUGUAGAAUUCGAAACUUCUAUGAAAUGCACAGAGUCUGAGGAGGAGGAGCCAAUCAAGGGCAAAGAAAGCCAGCUCCAGCUCAGUUGCUUCAUCAACCAAGAAGUCAAAUACCUUGCAACAGGACUAAGGCUGAGACUGCAGGAAGAAAUCACAAAAAUGUCUCCAACCUUGGAAAGAAAUGCCCUGUAUAUAAAAUCCUCAAAACUCAGCCGUCUCCCUGCCUACUUGACUGUUCAAAUGGUCCGAUUUUUCUACAAAGAGAAGGAGUCUGUUAAUGCAAAAGUCCUUAAGGAUGUCAAGUUCCCGCUCAUGCUGGAUGUCUAUGAGCUGUGCACUGCGGAGGUCCAGGAGAAAAUGCUGCCCAUCAGGUCAAAGUUCAAGGAGAUGGAGGACAAGAAGCUAGAGAAGCAGCAGAAAAAGGUGAUGAAGAAGCCAGACGCAAAAGCAAAAGAAGUGAAAUAUGAGCCUUUCUCAUUCCCUGACGACCUCGGCUCCAACAACAGUGGCUACUAUGACCUGCAGGCUGUGCUGACACACCAGGGCCGCUCCAGCUCAUCAGGUCACUAUGUGGGAUGGGUCAAGAGGAAAGAAGAUGAGUGGGUCAAGUUUGACGAUGACAAAGUGAGUCUGGUGUCUCCAGAGGACAUCCUGCGACUGUCUGGUGGCGGGGACUGGCAUAUAGCUUACGUUCUACUGUACGGCCCCCGGCGGCUGGAAAUACUUGAAGAGGAACAGUAGCUGUGGAAGAUUUCCUAGAAGACAAAGACAACAUCCAACACACGUACAAAAUGCCAUUUCCAAGCACUGUCUGCAUAGAUGUGCAAUAAAACUGGUGUCUUUAAAGAUU